GGUCCUCCUCUGAUGCUACUUGGAGGACCGUCCGAGCGGCUGUGAGGAGGACCGUGCGGGACCAGACCACCACCAUGAGGCUCGGGCUCGCCGCGCUGCUGUGCGUCCUCAGCCUCGCGCGCCUGUCGGAGUGCGCGCCUCCGACCUGCUACUCCAGGGCGCUCGGCCUCAGCAAGGAGAUCAUGACUCUGCUGGAGAGGAUACACACCUACCACCGCACGAAAGCGUGCGCUCUGGUUCUUCCCACGAUCUUCCUCGACGUGCACAACUCAUGUGUCACUCCCAAAUUGCGGGACUUUCUCUACGUGGUGCUGAACCAUCCGGACCAGUACUGCCGAGAGCGACCCAGGAUGGUGCUGCUGAAGCGCAAAAUCCAGAAUCUGUACACCAUCAUCACCAGGAUCUGUUAUCGGGACUUGGUCUUCUUCACCGAUGACUGCGAGGCGAUCGACACCGGACACACCCGGCCUUACUACGCAGAGGACAGACUUCAGCUGCUGCAGGAGGACGAGAGAUGAGAGACAAUAACCUCACUGAUAUGCACUGGGCUGUAAUAUCCAUAAACCCCCACAGUAUGCAGACUGGCUGAGCACGUACAGCAAACACAUCAUCCUGCAGUGUAUCAGAUGCAGCAUGGACACACAGUACCGCUUCAUGCCGUGCUGCAGACUCAUGUUAGUGAACAUGUGUGGUUUACAUUCCGGGAGGGAGGGCUGAACUUUCCACAGGAAAUUUGCUGAAUGCCAACCAUGCCGAUGAAAAACCUUGAAAUAAUAAACCAAUAAGAGAUGCUUGUGAGCCCUGCUUACUUGCCAGGCCUGAUCAAAGCUUCCUGUGCCAUUAGGAGAAAAGUGCUGUGUUGUCUUAACCUGUAGUCGGAGCAGCACAUCUUAAAGAAGCACUGUGCAGCAUGUUGUAAACAUCUGAGGAGUUGAACACGGUGAUGAAUGUUACGUAAGAAAUUAAUGACUGAUGUACUGCCUUCUCGCACUGAGAUAUACAGUGUUCCUCUUCCUGGGCUUUCUUAUGUACACAAAGUUUUAUAGAAGGGAGUCAUAACUGCUGCUGCUUUAAGACCUUACACAGACUGAAUAUGACGUUAUGAAGCCACCACUGUUUUAGGAAUGUUAUUUCUAUGCAAAUAAUUAUUCAGUAUGUUCUACAUGUAAUAAAUCCUGUAUUCGUGUAUCAGAUUUCGCCCCUGUUUUCGGUUAAUCCUAUUUAAAAAAAAAAAAAAAAAGGUUGUGGCUCAUGUCCAAU